GCGGAGCUGGUGGACUGCGCUGGAUUUAACCUUUUCUUUUCCUUACCACAUUUUUGCAGACAACUUGUUCUCGAGGAAUGAAAAACAAUUUUUAGACUUCAAGACUAGGCUAGACUAUUCUAGAUACUAAGAAUAAGAUACGUAAUACGACAGCAUAACACGCUUAAUUUCAUUUGGGAUUUUAUUUCGGGAAAAAAUUUUACAACGAUGUAAACAGAGCACAGAGCCAGUUAAAGGUUUACAUUGUAGAGAGGUGAAAACAGCGCUGCAGGGUACUUUCUCCUUCUCUAGUACAUCGUGGAUCUACUUUCUCCUCUAGUCAAUUCAGCCAGUUUCAUCAAAAUGAAAGGGAAAGUCAGUAAUCCAAACUUUAUCCUAGAGGAAAUUCCUGAAUCCGAGCGCCUUCAAAGUGUUAGUCAAAAUGAGGAUGACGAAGACGCAAUGGACAUUGAUGACGGCAUUCCGUUCACAAAGAAAAUGCGUAUAGAAACAAGAAAAAUUCAUAACAUAAGUGACACACUGGUCAAUGCUAAAUUAGGACUAGCAAUGUCCGAUGACAAAAUAUGGGCUGAGGGAUUACUUAUAUUUUAUGAAAUAUUCAAGUUCCUUGAAGCUGCAAUGCUCAGACUUGGCCCAAAGUACGAACCUUUCAAACGCAUGCACAAGGUGAUUAUCGGUGCAGAAAGAACUAGGGCAUUUGAACAGGAUCUCGAAUUUUUCCAGCCUGGAUAUUUGAAAGAAUACCCAAUUCGACCCUCAGUAGCAGAGUACCUCAAGCAUUUGCAGACUUUGGAACAAAGGGAGCCGUUGAGGCUCUUAGCUUACAUCUACCACUUGUACUUGGGCCUUUUAUCAGGAGGUCAAAUUUUGAAGAGGAAACGAGAUUUGAGGAAUCGCUUUAAAACUAAAGUUGGUGGACUUCUUCAGUGGUGUGGGCUCUAUAAAAGUCCAUCCUUGUCCGAUAACGUUGCUGGGGAAUUGCAUAUUCCGGGGGGCGCAGUUACAUACUUUGGUGAUGGUCGCAGCAUUGCUGACAUCAAGAAGGAAAUCGCUUACACAAUGAAUGACAUCGCAUCCGAUUUGUCAAGAGAUGAAAAAAAUUCUUUGCUGGAAGAAAGUUUGGAAGUAUUCAGAAGAAACAACGAAAUUAUAGGAAGCAUACAACACACUGGGAUGGUCGUACUGAAGAGCUAUGCAGCUUACUUCUUCCUUAUUCUUUCUAUUGGAACCGCAGUUUAUUUGUACUGGUGCCACGAAUAAUUUACUGAAGAUUAAUUAAUAAUGGGUUAUGCACGAUAUAUGUAUGAACGAGCUCAAAAAUUAUUUAUCAUAUUACCCUUAUGAAUAUCAAUUAAAUCGCAUUAUAAACAUA